AUGGAGUUGAUUUCUCUUCCUCUAGUUCUCUUGCUGAUUUCAAACAUCCUCUCUCAACAAACUGAAGAAAUACCAACAGCUCAAGUGUCUUUUAUGCCUGCUGAUCAUGUAUUCAGAGGAGAAACUGUCAAUCUCACAUGUGUCAUCAAUGGAGGAGGAGUCAGCAGCUGGCAGUACAGCUGGUAUAAAGAUUCAAUCAUCCAGCAGAAUAAAUUUCAGUAUUACACAAUCAAAUCUGCUACUGACUCUGACUCAGGUAAAUACACCUGUAGAGGAACAGAGACCAGAGGAUCACGAUACUCACACAUCAGUAAUGCAGUUACACUGACAGUAUCAGUCCCACGUACAGUUUUAAGUGUUUCUCCACAGCAGUGGUUGACUGAAGGAGAUUCAGUGACUCUGAUGUGUAGGGUUAGAAGUUCAUCUACAGGCUGGACAUUCAGCUGGUUCACUGUACAGAAUUUUGACUCUACAGUGAAUAAAGAUGUUGAUUAUGAGCUGGUGUCAAACAGCAGUGGAGGAUCUAAAGGCAUCUACACAGUGAGUUCAGUGACUGUGAAGCACACAGGAGUUUAUAUGUGCAGAGCAGAGAGAGGAGAUCCAGUCUAUCACACAGAGUACAGUAACACACAAACACUGUGGAUCACUGGUGUUUCUCCUUCAGUCUCUCUGGUCAUCAGACCCAACAGAUCUCAACACUUCUCAUCUGAAUCUCUCUCUCUGAGCUGUGAGGAUCACAGUAACUCUACUGGAUGGACAGUGAGAAGAUACACAGACAAACUGAACCCUUGUUCAUCAUCAGACAUGAGAUCUACAGGAACAACAUCUACAUGUACAAUCAGAUCUCUUCACACAUCUGAUACUGGAGUGUACUGGUGUCAGUCUGAAUCUGGAGAGAAACUUCAUCCUGUUAAUAUCUCUGUACACAAUGGAUCAGUGGCGCAGAAUCAGACUACAGGAGACAUGAUGAUCAUCCCUACAGUCUCAAAGUCACAUGAGGGUUUCUACUACUGUAAACACCCAGAGAGAGGAGAGUCUCCAAAGAGCUGGAUCUCAGUCAGAGAUAUACUGCAUGAUAACAUGUGUUUUAGUUUCAGGUGUUCAUCAGGAGAUGUUUGGGCUCAACAUGAUCACUUUUCUGCUGGCAGUUUGUCCAUAUCUGUUAGCGACAGUCGUGCUGGUUGUCAAAUGCUACAGAUUGAGAGGUGA